AUGAAACGGCGUCGACGCGAGAAGGAGGACAUGGGGCCGGCAGCUGCUGCGCUGCGUCGGCGUUCCGUUUUUCGCGAUGCCCGCGCUUCCACAACGCAGCUCACUGCCGCGCAGCUCAUUGCGGAUGCCCAGGAGAUGCAGCGCGGGGCCGGUCCCGUCAACGAUAGUACAAAGGUGGUGAUUAACAGCCCAGAGGAACUUGCUCUCUACCGCCAAAAGACACGGGCGGAACUGGAAGAACGAGUGAAGCGCGGCUACAGUUUUCUUGGUAAUUGGGUGAAGUACGCCCGUUGGGAAGCGCAGCAAAAAGAUUUUGAGCGGAUGCGCAGCGUGUUGGAGCGGGCCGUGAUUUUUCAUAGAACUUCCCCAGUUUUGUGGCGUGAAUAUGCCGAGUUGGAGGAGGAGUAUGGAUUCCUCAACCACGCGCGGGCGGUAUGGGAUCGUGGGGUAACUGCGUUGCCCUCUGCCACGGAUCUUUGGUUGAAGUACCUCGUUCUUGAGCAAGCUGCCGGACAGGAAGGCAGAGUGCGUGAUGUGUUUAACCGUUGGCUUUCUGGUCCUGCUCCACCUAAUUGUGCCUGGGAGCUGUUUGCUCUCUUUGAGGCACAGUGCCAGAGGGCCGAUGCGUGCAGAAAUGUUGCUCGGCGCUAUGUUGAAACGCAUGGUGAAGUGGAGACGUGGUUGUUUUAUGGUUCCACCGAGCUGAAUGUCCUUGGAAACGUGGAACGGGCAGUCAAGGUGUACGAAACAGCGAUGAAGUCCCUUCCAGAGAGCCACAUUAAUGGUGAAAAGGAUUGCCGGAUCCCACUUGCGUGGGCCGACGCUCUUACAGCCGCGAAGAAAUAUGAGGAUGCACGCCACGUAUACCACCGUAUGCUGCGGGAGUGCACGUCAAUUGAUGCCUUGGACAAUAUUUUUGCAGCGUAUAGUCAUUUUGAGCGUCUUUAUGGGGACAACGAAAACUGUGAGGCUGUGGCCGUCGCGGUUGCCAGUGCAAUGUAUCAACAACGUAUUGCUCGAAACCCCUAUGACUUUGAUGCGUACGUGUCACAGUACCUUAUCCUAAGGGACGCAGUCCAGCACAAUAAGGAUGAUGAAUCGAGCAAGGAAAAUUCAUAUGAGGAGGCGUUGAAGUGCUUGAAAUCUGCAGUGCGUACGCGCGUCGAUGGAACAAAAGAUCCCAUAGCAAUGCAGCGUCGAGCUGUUAUAGUGAUGGAGUACGCGCGCUUCAUUGAAGAACGAGACAUCACCGCAGCGCGUGCAGCUCUGGCCAGUUGUAUUAGAGAAUUUCCCUUUAAGACGGCGUGGUGCCCUCGUCUCUGGGUAGAGGCUGCUGCACUUGAGCGGCGUCAUGGGGCAUACUCAGAGGCUCGUAGGCUUUUGGGAGCCGCACUGAACCUCUCAGCUUGUCCGGAGGUUUUCAACGCGGCAUUGCAGCUUGAGGAGGAAGCUUGCGCGACCGGUGAAUUGAGUCGUGAGGAUCGUGUGCAACGGAGUCGCACCAUCUUCCAGACAGCUAUUAAGCAAUUUCCACAGGAUUUCACUCUCUGGGAGGGUUAUGCCAAGAUGGAAGAGAAGGAGGAGCAGUUUCACCGUUCGGAUGCGCUACGAGCCGCUUGCAUUCAUUCUCUUUCGGCGGCGGCACGAGCGGCAUCGUCGAUGGCGGAUCGCUACGCGCUGUUAGAAAAGGUCGAUCAGGCCUGGGCUCGACGGCUGGCUUUGAAGCGUCGAAUUGUUCGCGCUGCACAGAAGAAGUUGCACAGUCUCGGUACACGUAACGCGGAGGAAACUAAAACGGAGACAACUACCCUUCAGAAACUGUACCGUGAGCUGUUAGACUCUGUAUGGGAUGAUUACAAGUACGAGGCGAUCGAGUGGAAGAGAAAGAUCACAACAACAGGAGGGAUUCUCUCAUCACCUCCAGAGCGCAUGCCGGACCUUAUGGCACCCGCUGUUGCACGGUGGGGUGAGGCGGUGGGUGCUGUUACAAAGUUUGCUCUUGUGCCUACUCAACGCACGGGGGAAUACGAAAGUUCCUCGGUUGAUUGGAUGCGCGCCGUCUUCCGUGAGAUGUUGGAGCGGGAGCGGCCCGACCUACUCCGACAGCUUGGAGGAGUUGAUGAUAACGCGAGCUACGAGGCAGUACAACAAGCAAAGAUAUGGGGGGAGUUUCUGGUAUCUCCCAUUGUAACAGAGUGGAGACGAUUUGAGGCGACGUACGCCACACCGGAGGAAUUGGAGGCUGUUAAAGAAUUCAUGAAGCCGACUAAACGCCGCACUCGCCUUUUUGCGGGGCGGAAAUUCUAA